UUUCAGAACAGGCCAGUGUUAAGAAUGUCAAUGUGUCACCAUAAUGGACUUUUUGUUGAGUUUCUCUGUUUCUGUUCUCCUGCCCUGUUUAGUUCCUGUCUCCAUAGUUUCUGUUCUUGUCAUUAGUUGCCUUGGUUACCUAGUAGUUUCAGGUGUGUCUUGUUAAUUUAACCAUUAUAUAUACUCCCUGUGUUGUUCAGUUUUCUGCCAGCUAUUCGGCGUUCUAUUGUUGUGCUAUCUUGCGCUAGUGAUAUUUCUGUUGCGUCCUCGUGAAUUUAUAUUAAAAUACUUAUUUUGGAUAUCCCUUCUUUGUCAUGCACUUUAUAAUCAGCACACACGUGACAAGUCUGUUUAGAAUGAAAGUCAAAUUCUCUCUGGGCGAAGGCAAGGAUGGUUUUGUGCGCUGCCCGAUGGAGGCGUUGAACUGGUCAGAGAGGAAGUAUCUUAUACUGGAAGAGAUCCUUACCUACAGGCCAGAUGUGCUGUGUCUACAGGAGGUGGACCACUACUUUGACACCUUCCGGCCUGUGCUCGCCAGCUUAGGCUACCAGAGCAGCUUCUGCCCCAAGCCAUGCUCCCCCUGCCUGGAUGUUCACAAUAACAAUGGCCCCGAUGGCUGCGCUCUGUUUUUCAACCGACGUCGCUUCCAGCUGCUCCACACCGCUCACCUCAGACUCUCUGUCAUGAUGCUCAAAACCAACCAGGUGGCCGUCGUGGCUACGCUUCGCUGCAGGCUCACAGGUCAAGUCUUCUGCGUGGCAGUAACUCACCUGAAAGCACGGAGCGGCUGGGAGGCGUUUCGUAGUGCACAGGGGGCUCAUCUCCUCCAGCAGCUCUGCGACCUAACCACACAGUCGCACCCGGAGAUGGAUGAUGAAAACAGGACUAGGGUUGGGGAAAGCGAAGAGGGUAUUCCGUUGGUGGUAUGUGGGGAUUUUAAUGCGGAACCAAGUGAGGAAGUGUACAGGUGCUUUAUGACUUCUCCACUGGGGCUAGACAGCGCUUAUAAGUGUCUGAGUGAGGACAGGAACACAGAGCCGCCCUACACCAGCUGGAAGAUCCGGCCAAGCGGAGAGAGCCGCUCCACGUUAGACUACAUUUGGUACUCGGAAAGAGCGUUCCAGGUGGACACUGUGCUGAGGAUACCGAACGAAGAGCAGAUCGGGCCGGACCGGCUUCCGUCAUAUCAUUAUCCUUCUGAUCAUUUGUCACUGGUGUGUGAUUUAAGCUUUAGUCAGCAGCCUCAUAGGCUCAUGUAGCUGUCAAUCAUUAGUGCUCAUGGCUUUCAUCUCCAAUAUGGAUCCAGAAUAGUUUAGGAAAUUCCUAGUGCAUGUGUGUGUGUGUGUGUGUGUGUGU